AAAUCAUUGUAGUCAAACCAGGAUAUAGUCCGAAACUCAUUUAGCCAUGGGAAGCAUUUUGCACACAUUUCAAUGGCUUUUAUUGUUCAUGCUGACUAUUUCAGUUAAUGUGUAUGCUUUCAAAAUUCCAAGGUUAGGAGCAUGGCGGAGAAGCAAGGAGAUAAGUUAUUCUUCAUCAAACUUAUCAGAUGAUCUCAAAACAUAUUACUAUACCCAAAGGCUCGAUCACUUCAACUACAGACCUGACAGCUACCAUACUUUCCAGCAAAGAUAUGUCAUCGAUUUCAAGUACUGGGGUGGAGCAAAAUCAAAUGCACCCAUUUUUGCAUUCUUUGGUGCAGAAGCACCACUUGAUGGUGAUGUAUCCGCUGUUGGCUUUCCCAGAGACAUAGCUCCUCAGUUCAGAGCUCUUAUUGUUUACAUUGAGCAUAGGUACUAUGGGAAAUCAAUACCAUUUGGGUCAAGGGAAGAAGCUAUGAGAAAUGCAACCACUCUCGGCUACUUUAACUCAGCCCAAGCAAUAGCAGAUUAUGCUGCUGUGCUUCUACACAUCAAGAAAACUUUGUCUGCUCAGAAUUCUCCCAUUAUUGUUAUGGGAGGCUCUUAUGGUGGAAUGCUUGCAUCAUGGUUUCGCCUAAAGUAUCCCCACGUUGCUCUUGGUGCUCUUGCUUCGUCAGCACCUAUUCUUUACUUCAAUGGCAUUGCCCCACAAGCUGGAUACUACUAUAUUGUGACAAAGGAUUUCAAAGAAACUAGUGAGACCUGCUACCAAACUAUAAGUAAAUCAUGGUCUGAAAUUGACAGAAUUGCUAAGAAGCCUAAUGGUCUUUCAAUUCUGAGCAAGAGAUUUAAAACUUGCAAGAAAUUGAACAAAAGUUUUGAACUGAAGGACUACUUAGACUCGUUUUACACUGACGCGGCUCAGUACGAUUUCCCUUCUGAAAACUCAGUUAAGGUUAUAUGCAGUGCAAUUGAUGCAGCUGCUAAGAAAACCGACAUUCUUGGCCAAAUAUUUGAAGGUGUUGUUGCUCUUAUGCGACAUAGUUCAUGUUAUGACAUGAAUGAAUUUAAUCGUCCAACUGAAACUUACAUAGGUUGGAGAUGGCAGACAUGCAGUGAGAUGGUUAUGCCAAUAGGUCAUGAAAGGAAUGAUUCAAUGUUCCCACCAGCACCUUUCAACAUGAAGAAAUUUGUUCAUGAGUGUAGUAGCUUAUAUGGUGUUCUUCCUCAGCCUCAUUGGGUCACCACAUAUUAUGGGGGUUAUGAUUUGAAACUGAUUCUCCACAGGUUUGGCAGCAACAUCAUAUUCUCCAAUGGAUUGCGUGAUCCUUACAGCUCUGGCGGGGUGUUGGAGAAUAUUUCAAAUAGUGUGGUUGCUGUUACCACCGUAAAUGGGAGUCAUUGCCUUGACAUACAAUCAAAAACAGAAAAGGAUCCAGAAUGGUUGGUGAGGCAGAGAAAGGAGGAAGUGAAAAUAAUGAAAGGUUGGAUUACAGAGUACGAAGCUGAUCUAAUAGCAUUCAGUAAACAAAACAAAGCACCAACACCGAAAAAAGGCUAAUUGCUCCACCAACAUAUAUAUUCUUAAUGAAGGCAUUAUGGUGCUAAAGAUCAACCCACGAAGUAAAAUAUUAGUGUGGGUUAGUAAUGGAUUGAAAUUAAUUAAUAAAUAAAGAAAUAGAUUAUUAUAAUGCAUAAGGAUUUGAACUUGGUUUUCUUACGCGGAAUGCACCUGAAAAAGCGUUUAGGGAAACAUAACGCAAUCAUGCUUCCUCGCAGCAAGCACGCACCAAUCAAGCCACCUCUUCUCUACGCCAUUUUUAUCUCUCUCUCUCUCUCUCUCUCUCUCUCUCUCUCUGUAAGGGACAUACACGUAUUAAUAGAAUAAAAUGGCAAUGUUUUACUUGCAAAACUAAGAUAUUUAUUGUGUAAUUCUUUUUAUAUUUUCUUGAAGAAGGAAGGACUCAAUUUGUUACAUAGGAUAUACGCGUGUAACUAGCACUAAACUUAUUAUUAAAAUUUAGGUUUAA